AUGAAGGACGCCUCAGGCUCGACGUCGCUCGGCUCAGGAUCCAGCCCCCCCGAGGUGCACAUUGACCAGUCCAUCCAGGCUCUCUACGUGUCGGCCAAGGGCGAGUCGAUUCGUGUGUUCGAGGUUGGCCAGGACCGCGCGACCAUUUCCCUGGCGGCGGACCUCCGCACCCAAGAUCGCCCGCCGACAGCCAUCGCGCUGAUGCCCAAGUGGUCCUGUGACACGGGUGCUUGCGAGGUGGCCAAGAUCCUCAAGCUUUGUAAUGACAACCUCGUGCAGACGGUUUCGAUUCGCGUCCCCCGCAAGUCGGCGCCCAAGUACUUCCAGGAUGACCUCUACCCUCCGAUGAUGGGCUCGGCCCCGGUGCAAACCGUGGCCGACUGGCAGGCCGGCUCCAAUACGGCACCCAUCUUCGUGUCCCUGCGCCCCCCUGGGGCCGUGUCGGUCUUCGACGCCCCCCGGUCCGAGGGCGGCCUCGCGCGUCCCGGGCACAUCGACACCGGCGUCGGUCGAGGCAUCGGCCCGAACUCCGGCCCAGGGACCGCCGGCGGUCCGGCCACUGCUCCGGCCUUCAGCUCCCUGGAUGAUGAGCUCUACACCGCCCUGACCGGAAAGAUGGAUGUCCAGAUCGCCGGUGCGGCGGGGGUUGCUCCCACCGGGGCCACUACCCCGGCAGUGGCAGCGGCGACAGCGCCGGCCCCGGCGCCCACCCCGGACCCGGGCGCGCAGCGUGGUUUGCUGGCGUCCAUUUUCGGGUGGGGUGCGGCGCCGGCCGCGGCACCGGCGCCUUCCGCCUCCCCGGCCGGCCGGCCGCCCGUCCCGCCGACGACGGCCACCGCGGUCGAGCCCUGUGAGAUCCCGGCCGUCGAGCAGUUUGUCCUGUCGCUGGUGGGCUUCCGGCUGGUGUUUGCCGAGCCGCUGAGCGAGGAGGACGCGCGACUGAUGGCCGAUGCUGGUGGCACGGGAGCCCUGUCCACCGGGGCGAUCGCCCUGCCGGAUGUUUGCCGCGUGCGCCUGGGCUCCUUCCUGCCUGGCCAUCCAGGCCCGGGCCCGACAUUCGCCGGCCGGGAUCGCCCGACCGCCGGCGAGACCUUCCCCGUCACGGUGGAGGCCGUGGUCGGUGGUGCCGUUGGCAAUGGGGCCGGUUCGGCCGCCGCCCACGCCGUGUAUAUCCUCCACCCGGAAAGCCUGGAGCGGCGGGAUCGCAUUGUUCGGGCACUGGAAAUGCUGACCGGUCUCAAGGCCGAGGAGCCUCCUCCGGCCACCAAUGCCGGCAGUCACGGCCGGUCGGAGUCCGCCAACUCCGGGGUGUCGUUCGUCGAUGCGGCCGCAGACGAGGCGGAUCUGGCAGUCAAGUCCAAGGCCCGCGAGGUGGCCCUCUCGCAGGGGGGCGCGUCUGCUGGAAAGCGCGCUUCCCGGCCGCCGACGCUCUUCAUUUCGGCCAUCGAGCCGACGGCCACCGUGGUGCCGAUGUCGGCCACCGAGUCGAAGGCCCCGACAUUGGUGAUCCCCACCCCGGCGCCUGGGUCGUCAACCGGGGCCACGACGCCUGGUGGCCUGGCCGCCCUGGCUGCCACUGAGCUGCCCACCCUGCUGACCGGGCAGGCGGAGCUCAUGCUGGCCGAAACCGGCGGCCCGUCACUCACCGACCAUGGGGACCAUUCCAGCGCGGCCGACAUCGGCAAGGGGGCCUUUGGUCACGCACCGGCCGGGGGCACUCCCGCCGCCGCCAGCACCAGCUCCUUCGGUGGCGGACUGCUGGCGUGGUUUGGCUUCGGCGGGGCGUCGGCCGCGCCGAGUGCCGCCUCCUCCGGCGCGGCGUCCGCUUCCGGUGCCUCUGCUCGGCGUAAGAACCAGACCCUGGAUGGACCGCUGUUCUCGGCCCGGCACUUGAUUCUCCAGCCGGGUGUGCUGAGCCUCUUCACGGCCGAUUCGGAGGAUGGCGCGUCGAGCACCACCAGGGUGAGCGGCGUGCCGGCUGAAACUUUGCGCCUGCACCUGGUCACGUCCAUUCGGCUGAUCGACUUGGAGGCCAGUUUCGAGGGUCUCCCCCCCCGGGCCACCCUGCUCAAUUCUUCGGCCUCCGAGUUGGAUCUGCUGGACCCGGUCCUGGCCGAGGCCGAGGAGGAUCUGGAACUGAUGGAGGAGGAGCCCGGCGCCUUCAAGAUCAACACCCCUCUUCGGUCAUUGGUCUUCCGUACUCACUCGCAGGAGGAUGCCUUCCGGUGGACAAUUGCCCUGCAGCGUGUCGCCUCCUUUGAGAUCAUGGCCUAUCGCAAGGCCUUGGCGCUCAAGCAUUCCGAUGGAGCGGUCGAGCCCGCCUCGGAGACCAGCGCCGAGGAUGAGGAAGAGCAAUUGGCCGAGCUGUUUGCCAUGCCGGUUGAGGGCUACCUUCUGUUCUUGAGCAGUGGCGGUGCCAAGGUGUACCUGGAGGUCAUCCAGGGGAUGUACUACCUGUCGAGCAGCCACCUCAACCGGCGGUCGUUCAUGGUGCUGGACGGUGCGCGAGUUGAGCGCAUCGGCCGCCACACCGGCGGCGGGUCCUCAACCGUCAAGCCGGACUGCAUCUUCGAGGUGGUCUUCGGUUCUGGGGCCAUCAUCCGUGGUGAUCGCAAGGGCUCGACCGAGAAGACCACCCUGCGUUUCGGCACGCGCAACUCCAUCAUCUGCAACUGGUGGAUCCGCAAGCUGACCCGGUAUGCGCUUCCCUGUGCCUUUAUCAAGAAUGGCAAGGCCCAUAUGCUGCUGUUGAUCACCCCGAGCCGGCAUCGCCCUGCGAUGCAGGUUCCCCUGAAGGAGGAUUUCAUUUUCGGCGACUGCUCCUACGUGCUGGAUGCCGGUGCCCUGAUUUAUUGCUUCCACGGGACGGCCACCACCCGUGUUACAUCGGCCAAGGCCGCCGACCUUGCCAACCGGAUCCGUGUCCGCGAUCGCAUGGGAUCCGCUCGUGUGGUCUAUGUGAAUGAUGAGCAGAGUGCUGCUUUGCCCUUCAGCCGGCUGCUCGGCUCCACCAUGUCCAAAUUGCUGGCCAUCAAGACGCCAGUUCCCCAAAGCGUUGAGAGCCUGUUUGGCGGCACUCGGAUUUACCGCGUGUCCUCCUCGGCCAACCCGAAGAGCCGGAUCCGCAUCAUUCACGAGGAGCCCGAGGAUGCGGCCCGGCCCUCGAACAAGCUUCUCAGCAGCAACUUUGCCUAUGUCAUCGAUCUCUGCACGGAGCUCUACGUCUGGACGGGCAGCUCGUCUUCCGGUGGAACCCGGCGCCUGGCCAGUUGCCUGGCGGCCCAGCUGUCCACCCGGGCCUACGCCCCGAUGGCCGCCAUCGAGGCGGCUGGCGAUGCCGGUGGCACGGUGCAGCUGGUCCCGCGUGUCCCCUGGGCCAGUAUCACGAAGCUCUUUGAGAAUACCGAAACCAGCGUGUUCAAGGACCACUUCGAGGGCUUCCCUGGCUCGCUGAUGAUCAGCGUCGGCCCGGCCGAGAUCGCUGCUGGGAACAUUGCGCAGGCGAUCGAGCAGCCGGAGAUCAAGAUCCCCGAGCUCUACGAGGCGCUCCAUCGCGUGCCCAAGGAGCCCUCCGCUCCAGAUGGUCUCUAUGCGCCGGACGAGUGCGACAUCCGUGUGGAGCGCAUCGUCGCCAAGCGCCAGGGGUCUGGCGCCAUUCAGUACCUGCGGAUGCCCUACCCGCGGGAGCUCUACGGACAGUUCUUCGCUGAGGAGAGCUAUGUCAUCACUUUCUCGUACCGGGUGCGUGCGGCUCGCCGGUGCAUCGUAUACUUCUACCAAUGUGCCCGGGCCCCCAUUAUGGACCGUGGUGCCGCGGCUGUUGAGACAAUCAACGUAUCGGAAGUGCUGUCCGGAGCCGGGGCCGAGGGCGCCGGGCCGGAUACGCCCAAGACCCCGGUUGCUGAUGCGCCGGAGUCUUUUGCCGAGGUGCUGCAGUUCCGUGUGACGCAGGGCCGCGAGCCGGGGCACUUCAUCAACCUCUUCGGAAAGGCCAUUGUCGUGCACCUGGGGAAGUUCUCGCAGAUCGGCUCGUCCGAAGAGAAGGACAUUAUCUCCCACCCGCGGGUGUAUGAGGUUCGCCAGUCCUCCGUAGGUCACUAUGUCCGAGUCUUCGAGGUCGACACCACCGACUUCGCCUUCAGCCCGGACCAUGCGAUGCUCGUGCUGGAGCCGCGCCUGUCGGUCACGGCCAAGUGCAGCAUUCUCUGCUGGUCCGGCGCGCGUCUGGGCAGCGUGGAGCAGCAGUUUAUCGACUCGCUGCCUGGGCUCUCGGACAAGGUCCCACGUUUCGAUCGCAUUCAGCCGACUGCCGGCCAGCGCUUCAACUUCUUUGGGCUGGUGGACUGGCGCUCGGUGGGCUCCGUAUCCUACGAGCUGGUCACCUCUUCGACCCUCGCGCGCAAGGUCGCGCGGCUGGAGAUCCCCGAGCGUGCGGUGUCCAGCGGCAAGGAGCGCCUGGCUCGGACCCGGCGGCAUCUGUUGCUGGUGUCCAAUGCUUCGGGUGUGGUGACUGUGGAGCCGGUGACUCCGGCGCCGGUGGAUGCCAUCGCCUCGGCGUCCUCGCUUGGAGGCAGCAUCCGGUCCAUUGCCUCGAGCAUCACCGACAGCGGACAGACCUUCAUGCAGGAUGACCUGGACACCAACCAUGUGAUGAUCCUGCUGCUGGAGCAUUACCCGGGAUCUGAGGCGUCCGGGCCGGGCGCCGCCGUGCCCCAUGGCCCCGGGGCUGUGGUCCAUGAGGCCUUUGUUUGGUGUGGGCUGAAGUCCAAUGUCACCGAGAAGCGCAUGGCCAUGGAGGUGGUCCGUGAUUAUGGGCGCUUUUCGCGCGAUGCCACCAAAUCCACCCUUCGCCCGGGGGCCGGGCUCUGGGUAACCAGCGCCACGCGCGAGCCCCUGGCCUUCAAGCAGGCUUUCCACACUUGGACCGACGGGCAUCCGGCCCUCACCGGGCAGGUUCUCUUCCAGGGUGCCCAUGCCAAUGCGGCCAUGCGGGCCGGCUCGGCGGCGGCCACCUCGCCGACCGCCGGCGGGCUCUCAUCGCCCUCGCGUGAUGGUCCGGCCACGGCUUCCAUCCCUCUCCUGGAGGCCCUCGGUCGCUUCGAAGUGUCCACCUACUCGUACACCGUUCUGAAGAUGGUGGCCGAAAACCCGAACUCCGCCGCGGCCAAGGCCCUCGAGGGCGUGGACAAGACUCGCCUCGAGGAGUACCUCUCGGAGGAGGAGUUCGCCCAGGUGUUCGGCAUGACGCGGUCCGACUUCGCCAAGAUCCCCCGCUGGAAGCAGACCUCCCUCAAGAAGGAGAAGCGUCUGUUCUGA